CAGCUCAGGGAUUUGAUGUAGCAACCUUUCGGUUACUGGCCCAACCCUCUAACACCUAGGAUACCUGCCGCCCCAGCAGGUAGACUAGUAACCGACAGGUAGCCUAGUAACAUUGCUUGAGCGACAGUAACCAAACAAUUUUAGACACUUGCUGAUGAUUUGGACACAAAACGCAAAAAUAUUGUAAUAUUGGGGAUAUUGACUUGCAUUGUUUUUGGGAAACAUGCUAAAAAGAGACUAUGGCUCAGUACACAAAACCAAAACCUGUUUUUUUUAGUUCUCCGUAAUGGAAUUUAUAAUUACAAAUAAGGUGAAAAUCAUUGACUGACUUCGAGUAGAUCCAUUCUUCAAUCUUCAACAUCUGCAUUGUAAAGGCAUUAUCAAAGACAGGGAGUAUCAAAGCCUUAUGAGUGUCCCAGAGCCGGAGAAUAAAGUCAUCAAACUGCGGGAUAAGAUCAUUGGCAAAUAGGAAAAGAAACUCAUCUCAAUUUCCUUGAUACUCUCAAAGAAAGUCAUGUGCAUGAAAUCUAUCAACAACUUCAGCAGUCGAUUACCACCUUAGACUUACCAGGUACUGGGAUCUUACAUAUUUCUUGACAUGGAAAGUGUCUCUGUACUCAGAGCUUUACAUGGAAAGUGGAAAUGGGUGUGAUGUAAAGGCAUAUUUAAAAAUCCUCCUGAUCUUCAGGACUGAUCUUCUAUUGUUAUCUCCAACAGAGUUCGUAGUCUUCCGUGUUAAAUGUAAAUGUAAAUCUCCAGCUCAACAGGAUAACCUCCCUCACAUUGGGAUACCAGGCCAGCCACCACUUCUGUCCGGCUCUACCCUAUCCAGUCAGGAAGCCCAGAGUAUGAUGAAGUCCUGAGCCUGUUCCGGGCUACUUGUCCAGACAAUACAAUUAUUAAGAUUGAAAGGGUCCAGAACACAAACCUGUGGAAUAGCUUCCAGAUCAAGAAACAAGAAAUGGAGGACAGAAAUGAUGGUAUGAUCAAUGAGAGACAUCUUUUCCAUGCAACCAGCUACACAACCAUAGAACACAUCAACAACAACGGGUUCAAUCGGAGCUACGCUGGACAAAAUGAUGCAGAGUUUGGAAAUGGCACCUACUUUGCAGUCAAUGCCAGCUACUCUGCUGCUGAUGAAUUCUCCAAGCCGGAUGGCGAAGGGAGGAAGUUGAUGUACUUGUGUCGUGUUCUGACUGGACACUUCAUAAAGGGAGAACGAGGGAUGAUAGAACCUCCAUUUAAAGACGGAUCAGAUAUUCGGCGCUACGAUAGUACGACAAACAAGCAAACUGAUCCAACAGAGUUCGUAGUCUUCCACGACUGUCAGGCAUAUCCAGAGUACCUGAUCACUUUCUUAAGGGGCUAGAGCAACAUGGUAGCUUUUGGGAACUUCAAGUCAGUUUAUUAUUAUUAUUAUUAAAUGUCAGUCACCAGACUCACCACCCAUUGCUACGUAGGAGAGAUAUUUGUUUUUUAAAUAGCAGUUGUGAUGUGGUUUCGUACUGCUCAACUAACAUAUCUUUGUUUACCAGUGUUUUUUAAAUAGCAGUUGUGAUGGGGUUUCGUACUGCUCAACUAACAUAUCUUUGUUUACCAGUAUUUUUUCUAUGACACAUAUUUGUCAUUCCAAUAAAUAUCCUAGAUUUGAAGGGAGAAUAAAUGUGUAAAACCAUCAUUGUUAUGACUCAUAUUUCCAUUAAAUAAGAAAAACACAUAACUAAGUUGUGUUUUGUGUGAUUGUGUAGAAUACGUAAAUAUAACGCAAACACAGAUUCCAUUGUGAUGAUUGCAUUGUUACUGUUUCUGUGUUUCAUAUCAUGAAUAUGUCUCACCGUGCAACAAUUCCAGGAAGAUGAAGCCAUCAUUUAAUAUAAACCUGUUAGACCACCUCAACAUCAUUCAUUCCCUCAGGGAGCUACGUAGCCUGAUCUGAUCUCACUGUAUCACACAAAGCUCUACUGCACAUUAUUCAUGAAAACAGAAGAAAGAACGAGUCACUGUUAUUUUAUUGUUUCUCUUGAAUUAUUUGUUAUUUUUCUAUGUUUUUCUUUUUUACUUCAGUUUCAUUUAUUAAAUACUUUCUUAACACUUAUUUUUCUUAAAACUGCUUUGUUUAAGGGCUUGUAAGUAAAGCAUUUUACUGUAAGGUCUACUACACCUGUUGUAUUCGGUGGAUGUGACAAAUAACAUUUGAUUUGAUUUGUAUUACACCUAUAUGGGUAUAUGCACAU